AUGGAACCAGGAAAUGAUACACAAAUUUCUGAAUUUGUUCUUCUGGGAUUAUCAAAGGAACCAGAACUGCAGCCCCUCAUAUUUUGGCUUUUCCUCUCCAUGUACCUGAUCAUGGUGUUUGCAAAUCUGCUCAUCAUCCUGGCCACCAUCUCAGACUCCCACCUCCACACACCCAUGUACUUCUUCCUCUCCAACCUGUCUUUUGUAGACAUCUGUUUCACCUCCACCACCAUCCCAAAGAUGCUGCAGAACAUCCAGAUGCAGAGCAGAGUCAUAACCUAUGAAGGUUGCAUCAUCCAGAUGUAUUUUGCCUUAUUCUUUGCAGGGGUUGAUGACUUUCUACUGACUGUGAUGGCCUAUGACCGCUUCAUGGCCAUCUGCCACCCCCUGCACUACAUGGUUCUCAUGAACCCCCAGCUCUGUGGACUGCUGGUUCUGGUGUCCUGGAUCAUGAGUGCUCUGCAUUCCUUGUUACAAAGCUCAAUGGUGUUGCAGCUGUCCUUCUGCAGAGACUUGGAAAUCCCCCACUUUUUCUGUGAAAUUAAUCAGGUGGUACAACUUGCCUGUUCUGAUACUUUCAUCUACAACAUAGUGAUAUACUUUGCAGCAGUGCUGCUGGCUGGUGGUCCUCUUGUAGGCAUCCUUUACUCAUACUUUCAAAUAGUUUUCUCAAUCCAUGGAAUCUCAUCAGCUCAAGGAAAAUAUAAAGCAUUUUCCACAUGUGCAUCUCACCUCGUAGCUGUCUCCUUAUUUUAUUCUAGUAGCCUAGGAGUGUACCUUGGUCCUGAUGCUACACACAGGUCACAAUCAAGUGCAACAGCCUCAGUGAUGUACACUGUGAUCACACCCAUGCUGAACCCCUUUAUCUACAGUCUGAGGAACAGAGACAUAAAGGGGGCUCUGAAAAGUUUCUUAUCGAUGGCGGCUAUAAAAAGGCCAAUUGUAUUGAGACUUAGGAAGCACCCCUGA